AAAAAAAACACACUCAGCUGGAGGCCUUUAUAAAUGGGGACUAUGUUCAGCUCUCAGUCACUGGAUCAGAGUCGGAUCGUCGAGCACUGAGUUUCACACCAUCUUGGGUUUUUCUAACAUCGACAUCAUGAGUCCUACAACACAAGCUCUGCUGAUUUGCGUGGUUUUCCUCUUCGGGCUGGAGGACGCGGUGCUCGCCCUGAGCGGACACUGCGCCGACAAUCGGUGUUUUGUGCUUUUACGCCAAUCCGAGGACUUUCCGGGGGCGCAGAGAAACUGCAGUGGCACGGGGGGACAGUUGCUCACGAUCAGCUCUGAACAAGCGGAGGAGACAUUAACGGGUCUCCUGAGCGGGGAAAACGGGAGUUACUGGCUGGAGCUGCAGGGCACCGGCAAGAAGCCACAGGAAGCCACGGCAGUUCUUGGAAACUGCUCCUCCGUCUCCAUGUCGGGGGAAGGGAACAUCCUGGUGUCCGCGAAGCAGUGUCGCAACGUACUGGACGGGUUUCUGUGCCAGUACACGUACGAGAAGCCUUGCAGUCGCAUCGAGGCGGACGGGGGCGCACAGGUGAGGUAUACCACUCAAAUGGGGUUCGACGUCAACGAUUCUAAAGCGUUUCCACCAGGAACCUUCGCUGUGGCGGACAAGGUCGGUGAGAAAUAUCUGGACUCGAAACAUUUGUGUGCCUUUGGGGGGUGGAUGCGCGCUCCCUGGAAAUGUGAGGUGUUGAAGGGAGGAUGCGAGCACAGCUGCAACGAAACCACUGGCACCUGCAUCUGCCCCGAGGGACAAGCCCUCCACCCCAACGGCAUCACCUGCGCCGUGGACCCGUCGGAUGGCUUUCCUCACCCUGUCCUUUCCUGCACCAUGGGCAAAAAGCCGGCGCAGGACGGGAAAAGCUGCGUGGACGUGGACGAGUGCAAGGAGGGGGAGGACCCGUGCACAGCCGAGGGCCAGGAGUGUCUGAACACGGAUGGAGGGUUCGAGUGCAGGUGCAGAGAUGGCUUUGAUUUGGAGAAUGGGGCGUGCAUAGACGUGGCGAUCUGCUCCAGGUGCGAGCACAUGCAGUGCGUGAAGCCCACUGGGGUGUACGAGUGUGCGUGCAUGGACGGGUUCAGGGUGUCAGCCAAGGACCCCACCAAGUGCGACCGACACUGCACUGAGAGAGACUGCGAGGCCGUGUGCACCGACGACGCAGAUGUGCAGAGCCCGGAGAUGCGACACUGCGAAUGCCCCGAGGGCUACAUCAGAGACGGCAAGGACCUUUGCACGGACAUCGAUGAGUGUGAGACGGAAAGGAUGUGUGACCACAAGUGUGAAAACACGUUCGGUGGUCACAGGUGUUCGUGCUUCGAGGGCUUCAGGCUGCAGGGUGACUCCAUGUGUGUGCAAACCGAGGAGCUGGAGGAGGGUGAGUCAGGCGCUCCUCCUACACAGCCCAUACCGGCCACCGCUCACCCAGCCGCGGUGCCCUCCUCCAUCAGGACCGGCAGCGUCCUGGGCAUCACCGUGUUCAUGGCACUGUGCGCGGCGCUGCUGUGUCUGCUGGUGCACACCAUGGUGAAACGCUGCGGCAGGUUCAAGCUCUCCUCUUUCAGACGUCCAGACAUAGAUGUCUUCUACCUGCAGCAGGUGACCUCGGAGACUUACAAGAGGCUGUCCUUCGACAAACAGUUCAAAAGUGACUUGCAAAGACUGUGAUGUGGAGUUGGCAUAUGGGACUUUUAUUUUUCACACUUAUCCAGAAAGCGGUCAUAAGAAACUUUUAACAGCAGCGAUGGUUGAGGUAAAAUAAGACUUUAAGGAGAAACCGCUUCACGCUUCCUGGAUGUGUUACAGAUUUCUAUAUGGAAUUGGCUGUAAAUUUGCUUCAUGGUUUUAAAAGUUCAUCAAUUAUGGAUUUCCAGCAGUCAGAGCAGUAUAUAUCAAACAAGAUGCUUUUACAACAGUGUCAGGUAAUGGUACUAAAACGUAAGAGGGGUCAGUUUAAACAUUUUAAAUGCACUCAAAAGAAAGUAAAAGUACCACACAUGUAACACAAUAAGCUCCUUCAAUUUGAUUAGAUAAGAAAGUAUUUGCUGAUAUAUGUAGAAGAAUAAAAAGCUUUUUAUAUUUAAUUCUUUAGAACAAAAUGUGCUUUCGUCUUUGCUCAACAUUUUUACUUUGCAUUUAAUGUUUUAUUACACAAAUCAGCUGUUUUACUGUAUUUCAUCUUUUUAUGAGGUCACACUGGACAUAUUAUCGAUGAAAAAAGCCCAAGAGAAGAAGAAAGUCUCUCAGUAGUUAGCACUGACAUUGGACCACCACUGUUGGUUUUAAUAGUGUUAACUGGCUCCAUGAAGCAUGCAUGGCAGCCGGCGUAGAGGUUUUUAUCAAAACAGCCCAGGACCAUUCUUGCCUGUUGGUUUAUUCACAUUCUGGAAUUUUCAUCUUUAAAAUAACUGACAUCAGGACCUUGAAACCAAUGGCUGGGUUCCCUCUGAUCAUCAUAUUACACCAAGAGAAAUAGAAAAGUAGAAUAUAUUUGAAAUUUGAAAUUCCCAAAUUCUGUUUCAGAUAUGUUUAGUGAAGAUUAAACUGUGAUUCUUAAUGCUAUGACUUGUGAAAAUACCAUACUUUACAUCCCCCCAAAAAAGACUUUAUUAGGAAUGACCUGUAAGAUGUGUAUCAUGAAAAGUUGAAUAAGUCUACUGUGCAAAUCUAUCACACUGAUGAUGCAGAGAUGUUAUACAAGCUGUGAUUUAGCAUGAAGCUGUAUGUUAUUCACUGUGUACCCAGCUGCUGCUGACAGAUCUGCUAAACACGAAUGUAAAACUGUGCUGCUAACGUCUAUUUAUGUAAAAGAAAACACACAUGCACCCCCUGAUGCACCCAGUCUCUUUGUCUGUAUAACAGGCUUUCUGCAAGAUGUUUUUUUUAAAUAUUUUUUGAUUUAAUGAUACUGUAAAAAAAAUUUUAUUCAUUCUUUUAUUAAUUGAAUUAUUCAUGUUUUUCCGUUUUUCUACACCCAAAAGAUUUCUUUCUAGCUUUUGUUUCAGUUCAUUUUCCUCCACUGGCUUCUGAUGACCUCUCCCUGCAGAUUUAACACACAAAAAUCUGCUGUUUAUUAAAUAUUUUACUGUUCUACUGUUUCCAUUUAGCUGACUAAGACUCAUGACCAACAUUGUUACCUUAUGCGUGCAAAAGGCUAACGUUGCCCUCUUUGGCUGAGUUGCCCGUAAGGAGAAGAAAAAAAGUUGUUUAUAUGUUGUGGCUGCCUAAAUAUUAUAUAAAACAGUUGCUGAAGUUUGACCAAGUCAAAUCCCAAUAAUGUCCAGUCAUAAAGAUUUGUUUAAAGAUGCAAAGCAAUGCAAAUGGACUUUUUCACCUGUACAGUUUUUUCCUUCACAUGAUUUACACAAUGUCCUCUCAUAAUGAUCUGAAUUUACUGAUUAAGAGUUUAUUUUCAGUUUGAAUAUUGUGGCUUGUAGUCAUGACAAUAGUAAGCUCAAGACGCAAAGUCACAUUGCUGCUGAAAAAGUUCACAGGAAACUAUGGGGGGGGGGGGUGGUAUAAGUGGGAACAACGGUCCUGAAAUAAUACUUACAACAGAAAAUAAGAGUAGGAGGAAGAACAAGCUUGGCAGAACCUAAUCUCUUACUCUGGGUAGAGAUAUAAACAAACCAGAAUCUCAACUUCUGACCCUUACCACUUUUCACCCUCUGUUGCAUUUUCUCUGUUUCCUCUUCUCUCAUUUUAUCUUGUCCAAUAAAUUACAGUUCCUCGAA